AAAUACUAUUAUGCCGGUAUCGCAUCGUAAACGACGUGCAACUGCUAAAGAUUUUAGUGGCGUUUUGGAAAAACUUCGCCGCUUACGAGAAACAGGUGGUUCUCGUGCACAGGAAUAUGAGAUUCAAGAGCCUGAACCAAUUUACAUCGAAGUUAACGAAGAUGAAUAUCAAGAACAUCUUAGAGAAAGAGAGCAAGACAAUUUCAUUGAAGACGAUGACGGAAAAGCAAAUUUAUUUGCUGAGGAUGAUCUGGGAAAAGCAUAUUCUGAUGAAUCUGACUAUGAUGAUUCUCCAAUGGAUGGAAAAAGGAAAAGAACUAAAGAAUUGGAGGAUGAAGCUAAUGUAGCUCGACCGAACGCAAGGCUUAAUAGCUUUUUUCAGAGGGCUGCUGCCACACAACUCUCAAAACCCAAGAUAAUUAAAUCAACCGAGGAAGAAACUGCAUUUUUAUCAGACCUUUUAAAAGAUUUAGAUGAUGAUACUGAAGAUCAGAAUCUAAAUGUCGAUCAAAUGAACGUAAUAAUGAUGGAUUUGAAGAGUGAUAAAUAUCAAACAAAUUUGAAUUAUACUGAAGAUGCCGAGAAUGAUUACACUAAUUAUGCACAUAUUAAUGAUUCUACAUCAACUUUGCUUGAAGUGAGCAAUUCAGAAAAUAAUGCCUCCGCUAAUGAUCAGCAUGUAGAUAAUGAAUUUGACCAUGAUAAUGGUUAUAGGAUGUUCUGCACUAAUGCAGAUGAAAAACAGGAGAAUGUGCAUCUUUUUGAAAAAACCUUUGACAAGAGUGAUAAUACCGAAGAUCAGGAUCUAGCUGUUGAUCAAAUGGACGUAAUAAUGCCGGAUUUGGAAAAUGACAAUGAUCAAAAUAAUUUGGACUGUGUCGAAAACACCGAGAACAAUUACACUGAUUAUGCUCACCUUAAUGAUUCUACAGCAAACUUGCUUGAAGUGAGCAAUUCGGAAAAUAAUGUCUCCGCUAAUGAUCAGCAUGUAGAUAAAGAAUUUAACCAUGUUAAUGGUUGUAGGAUGUUCUGGAUUGAUGCAUAUGAAAAACAGGGGACUGUGCAUCUUUUUGGAAAAUUAUUAAAAUUAUAUCCGGCUUUAGAUAAUGGAAACGAAACUAAUAUUCCAGUCACUAUGGAUGAUGUUUUUGAAGAGAUCGAAUCUCUGAGACAUAAAUACAAAAUUUCUAGAAUAGCUGCCAAAUCUGUUUCGAGAAAAUAUGGGUUUGAGCUGCCGGACGUACCUGUUCAAUCGGAUUAUUUAAAAGUGGUGUAUUCAUUCUCAUACCCAUCAUAUCCAAGCGAUUUGAGUGGAAAAACAUUUAGUCGUAUAUUUGGAGCUCAAUCUUCCGCAAUAGAACUAUUCUUGAUUAAGCGAAAAAUUAAAGGUCCCUGUUGGCUUGAAAUAGAAGAUGCCCAAGAACAAACUACUAAAGUUUCCUGGUGUAAAUAUGAAUUGUUUGUUAAAAAUCCAAAAAAUGUAAAUCCUCUAAAAGAGACUAUACCACUGAAAUCUCCACCAUUGACGAUAAUGACUUUGGACUUACGUACUGUCAUGAAUCAUAAAAAGCAUACAAACGAAAUAGUUGCCUUUAGUGUACGAGUUCAUCCUAAAGUUUUUCUGGAUGGACCAAUUUGCGUAAAAGAACUUCAAUCACUUCAACAAACAUCGAUUAGACAAUUGAGUGAUAAACCGUGGUGGCCCACACAAUUUGAAGAUAUAGUGAGAGGAAACAAAAAUAAGUUAAACUUGACUUUAGAAAAAAAUGAAUAUUCUUUAUUAAAUCGCUUUUUAGCCAUUAUCAAGCAGAAUGAUCCGGAUGUUCUGGUUGGACAUAAUAUCAUUGGGUUCGAACUACCUAUCUUGUUGCAACGAAUGGAAGCAUUGAAAGUUAAAGACUGGUCUUGGAUUGGAAGGCUCCAUAGACAAAUAUGGCCAAAUUCUAGGGUUGGCACAAAUAGUAAAGGCGACAUACCAUUUAUUGAGAAAGAUUCUGUGAGCGGCAGACUGAUAUGUGAUACUUAUCUUAAUGCAAAGGAUCUUGUUAAAUCGAAGAAUUAUUCUUUAACUGAGUUGGCAUCAUCGCAAUUAGGCAUCAAACGAAAAGAUUUUGAUUUUGAAACAACUGUAACAAAAUAUGAACGAGCCGAUAUGUUGUUCGAUUUUAUUCUUCAUUGUCGCUACGAUACUGUUAUCACGUCAGAAUUGAUGUUCACGCUGCAGAUACUACCACUAACUAAACAACUCACGAAUUUAGCCGGAAAUAUUUGGUCUAAAACUCUCACCGGUGCUAGAGCUGUACGCAAUGAAUAUCUACUAUUACAUGAAUUUCAUCAAAAUAAGUUCGUUUGUCCAGACAAGGUUUAUAACAAAUCAAACAUAAAGAAUGCAGAAAAAUCUGUUGGAUAUGAUGAAGAGGGAUCACGGAAAAGGCCGAAGUAUGCAGGGGGGCUUGUAUUAGAACCAAAGAAAGGAUUUUACGACAAAUACGUGGUCAUGUUGGAUUUUAAUAGUUUAUAUCCGUCAAUUAUUCAAGAGUAUAAUAUUUGUUUCACUACAGUUGGACGAACUGGACACGAAACGGACGAUUUACUUCCUAACCUUCCUGAGCCUGACUUGCCUCAAGGAAUCCUUCCUAAACUAAUAGCAAAUCUGGUUAGUAAAAGAAAGUUGGUUAAAAGUUUGAUGAAAGAUCCAAAAGCUUCACUUAGUGAUCUUGCACAAUAUGAUAUUCGUCAAAAAGCUCUUAAACUUACAGCAAACAGUAUGUAUGGUUGUCUGGGCUUUCCACAAUCUCGGUUUUAUGCCAAAGCUUUGGCCAUGUUAAUCACUUCUAAGGGUCGAGAAAUUCUCCAAGAUACUGUUAAUUUGACAGAAAAUGAAGGCGUGGAGGUCAUAUAUGGUGACACAGAUUCAAUAAUGAUCAAUACCAACACCACGGAAUUACAUGAAGCUUCCGAAAUAGGAAAGAUGUUGAAAAAGAAAGUUAACCAACAAUAUAAACUUCUUGAGAUCGAGAUAGAUGGGUUUUUUGAAAAGAUGCUACUUCUGCGAAAGAAAAAGUAUGCUGCCGUUGUUGUAGAAGAAAAUAAUGGCAUUUUGACGCGACAUUACGAGACAAAAGGUAUCGAUCUGGUCAGAAGAGAUUGGUGUGAAUUGGUUCGAGAUGCUUCUAAAUAUGUUUUGGAUCAAAUUUUAUCUUCUUUUGAUCGUACUGUGGUGGUGAAUAAUAUUCACGAAUAUCUGACACAGUUAGGACAUGAAGUUCGUUCUGGGAAAUUCUCUAUUAAUAAGUUUGUCAUAAAUAAGAACCUCACAAAAGCGCCGGAGGCAUAUGCAGAUGUUAAAAGUCAGCCACAUGUGCAAGUUGCAUUACGGAUGAAAAAUAGAGGAAUGAGCGCUCGCCAAGGAGAUACCAUUCCUUACGUGAUAUGCGUUAAUGCAGAUGAAAAUACCAUAGCAAGCAAAGGUCUUGCUGAUAAAGCAUUUCAUCCUGAUGAAAUCCGGAAAGAAGACUCUAAUUUGCAACCUGAUUUUGAAUGGUACUUAAACCAACAAAUUCAUGCCUCCGUUGCUAGAUUAUGUGAACAUAUUGAAGGAACAGGCAGUGCAAAAAUUGCCGAAUGUUUAGGGCUCGAUAAAUCAAAGUUCAUGUCAACACCGAGCAAUAACACAUAUCAUGCAUAUAGCUCUCAAAUUAGUGAUGAUGAGCGCUUUAAAAAUGUCGACAAAUUGAUGAUAAAAUGUAUUCAUUGUCAACAAUCAUAUACAUUUGAAGGGUUCAAUUCUAUAACGGGUCACUUGUUGGAUGAAACUGGAUUUUACUGUGGCAAUCCAAAUUGCAUGAAAGCACUACCAAUUUCAUCAAUACUUGCGCAACUUACCUGCAGCAUUCGGCAUCAAAUAAAAAAAUUUUAUGACGGCUGGAAUAUAUGUGAAGAUCCCACCUGUGGAUAUCGAACAAGAAACAUAACGAGAAAAAGAUGUAUUCAAAGAUGCCAUGGAAAAAUGGUGGCUGAGUUUUCUGAGUAUAGAUUAUUUAAUCAACUUACUUAUUAUGCAAGUUUAUUUGAUGUGGAGAAAAUCGAAAAUACGUCACAAACGCCGUUAAAUAUUG